AUGGUAGACUCGAGUGACACCCCCGAGAAACCCGGCCUGCGCGAGGUCGAGAAUGCAGUCAUUCCCCUACCAUACAGCGCCGAUCUCAAGCAAAAAGAGCACAUCGCAGAUGCCGAAUCAGGGAGCCUCGGCCCAGUGGUAUUUGAAGGUAUUGAUGAGAAUGCAGUGCUCCGGAAGAUGGACAUUCGGUUAAUCCCAAUGCUAAGUGCCUUGUAUCUACUUGCAUUUCUGGACCGAGGCAAUAUCGGAAACGCAAAAAUUGAGGGGCUGGUGGAAGACCUCCAUAUGACUGGACCUCAGUACAAUUGGACUUUGACCGUGUUCUUCUUUACCUACGCGGCUUUCGAGCUCCCGAGUAAUCUUCUUCUAAAAAAAUUGAAGCCAUCAAGAUGGUUGCCUUUCAUCAUGGUUGCAUGGGGGAUUUGCAUGACUCUGAUGGGAGUUGUUAAGGGCUACGGAGGGCUGCUGGCCACUCGUAUUUGCUUGGGAAUUGCUGAGGCUGGUCUGUACCCCGGUGUUGCAUACUAUAUCACUCUCUGGUAUCCCCGCCACCGAGCACAAUUCAGACAAGCACUUUUCUUCAGCGCGGCAAGUGUCGCGGGCGCAUUCUCUGGGCUUUUAGCGUAUGGCAUUGCGAAAAUGGACGGUGUGGGCGGAUAUGCAGGCUGGCGAUGGAUUUUCAUCCUCGAGGGUCUGUUGACUGUCCUCGUUGCCCUCGUCGCCCCAUUUGCAAUCCACGAUUCCCCGGAGACGGCCAAGUUCUUGACCGAGGAGGAACGCCAUUUCGUUAUCCACAGUUUGAGGAUUCAGAACUCGGCAGACUCCCACGAGAUGGUUCAGCAGAAUGAGAAAUUUCAGAUUCGCUAUGUGAUUGACGCAUUGAGUGACUGGCAAAUUUGGUUGGGUAUUCUAAUGUACUGGGGCAUCACUUGUCCUCUAUACGGCAUCUCUCUGUUCCUUCCUUCUAUUAUCAAGAACCUGGGAUACAAGUCUUCUACUGCCCAGCUUCUCACUGUACCAAUCUAUAUUACUGCUGCUGUUGUAGCGGUUGUUGCAGCUUGGUUCUCAGACAGACGAAAGCAGAGAUCACCAUUUAUCCUAUUCUACAUGGGCAUGAUAGCUGCUGGAUUUAUUAUCGUUCUCGCAUCUACAGGGCGUGGCGUUCCAGGAGUUGUCUACUUUGGCGUCUUCGUGGCAGUCAUCGGUAUCUACCCUGCCUUCCCCGGAAACGUUACUUGGCUGAGUGUCAACAUGGCCGGUGACUACAAGCGAGCUGCUGGCAUGGCCAUCCACAUUGGAAUCGGCAAUCUCGCAGGAGCAAUGUCGUCCAACUUCUACCGUUCCCAGGAUGCACCCAAUUAUAUUCUCGGCCACGCACUUGAACUCGCCUUCGUCAUCGUUGGUAUGGUGGCAGUAGUUGCUCUGCGCCUGUCUUAUCAACGCAUCAACCGCAAGCGAGACGCUGUGGAUCCUUCUGAGUAUCCCGAAGACCCAGACUCACUGGGCGACCGGUCUCCUCUCUUCAGAUACAUGCUUUAG